AAAAGUCGUUAAAGUAUUUAAAGUGUAUUAAUCUUUACAGAUUUGACUCUGAAUGACGCACCUUUUUGUUCGGAUACUUGUUGGCCGCAGUGCGUAGAAUGAUGAACGCAGCGUAUUGGAGUCCGUUUAUAUAUGGUUUUGCGACUAUACCUGUUGUGUUAUUGCACGAGUUAUCACAACUUUAAAGGCAUCACAGCGGGUGAAUCCCCGUUGCUUUGCAUUCGCGGAAUUAUUCAUAGCCGCGAUGUGCGUAAUGCAAUAAUAAACAAAAGAUAAUUGCUUCUGCGAUAGCAGAAAUAGAAUUUUACUGAUUGCGAAAACAUUUGUACUAUCAUCUCGCAGCAGAUAUUUCAACAUCAAGGAAAAGCACAUAAUCUACCCCAAACCAAGGGAAUUACGAUAACGCGGCACGAUAAUUAGAUUUUGACUAUUAUCUGAAAUUGAUAUCGGAUUAAUUUAGCUUUGUAGAACCACGAAUGAUCGACGCCAAUUUAAAAAAAAUAAUGUUUCCGCCCGGGAUCGAACCGGGGACCUUCCGCGUGUUAGGCGGAUGUGAUAACCACUACACCACGGAAACUGUAUAUCAGUUCACUUUUCGCUAAAUAAAUCAGUUCAAUUUUGCAAUUUGAACAGUUGAAUAUGACCCAGAAUUUUCUCCCGUAUAUCAUAUUACUGAGUUUUAUUGUGCAUUUCAAUGAUGCAAAAAUCAAAGGGGGGUGAGAAACCUGCAGUUUCUUUUCAUCGCGAUCAUCGGUUCGAGAUUGUGAUAUUUAUAGACGAAACAUAUCUGGACUGCUGAUUUUAUAGUCGCCGGAUAUACAGACAAGAGACAAACCGCAGAGUUGUAUGCGUGUCAACUCCACGAAUCUCAUGUCCUUUGUGUUUGCAGGCAGAGAAUUUUUUUCCUCAUUUAUUGUUCAGUAAUUCAGCGUUAGUAGUACAUCCUCCAUAUAGGUUAGCAUGUAAGUCUUUGUUUCAAAAGUCCCGUGGGAAGAUGAAAUAAAAAAUGACGGACACAGAAAUCGCACCGGAACCAUUCAGAGGACGGUUUUUCAUCCUAGGUCCUCCAGUGGCGUUACUACUAUUCGGACAAGCUUUGACAGGAACGGUCCUGACUGACUUAAUUUUGUACCGCACCUGUCUAUUCUCACUGAAUAUCAAUCUCACCGAGUGCAAUAUCCUUCGCACCAAUGCCAGUAGCCCGGAAGCAAUCAUCUUGGAGGCGAAAGUUCAGCCGUACGCUAGUAUGAUCCUGUUAGCGAAGUCUAUCAUCGAAAAUCUAUUGCCAGCAAUCGCUUCUCUAUUUCUUGGUUCUUGGAGCGAUCGAGCUGGAAGAAGGCCGCUUCUUUUAUUAUCGUUAGCAGGUUUUACCAUGUUGCACGUAUCACAUGCUCUGAUUUCAAUUUGGGACAUGAAUCCUUGGUACUUGGUGAUUCCUUCGGUACCAGCAUUUAGCUUCGGUGGAGUCUGUGCCAUCAUGAUAGCAGCGAUGUGUCAUAUCUCCGAUAGCACUACGGAAAAGGAGAGAACGAUGCUCAUGACUUGGCUUCAGGCAUCGGUGUUUCUCGGAAUUAUACUCGGCAGAUUCAUCACACCUUUGAUUUUCAACAGCUAUGGUUACACCGCUGUAUUCGGCACAUCAGCGAUAUGCUGUAUAGUGGCGCUAAUUUACACUUUUUUUAUUGUACCAGAAACAGUAAGAGAUGCCUCUAAGGAAUCGAUACGUGGACUAUUUAGGAUCUCUGCCAUUCGGGAACUUUUUAUCACCGCCUUCCAGAGGCGAGAUGGUUUUCAGCGAUCUGUUGUCUGGUUGUCCAUUUUUACUCUUACUCUGACUGGAUUGAUUUUCCAAGGAGAAACCAGCAUUGAAUUUUUAUUCACCAGAGCGCGGCUGGGCUGGGAUGUCCAACAUUAUUCUUAUGUCAACGGCAUUGGGUAUAUGCUCAGUAUGCCAUGCAUGAUCAUUGGAAUCGCAUUAUUCAGUCGCGUUUUAGGCUUCUCAGAUACGCUUAUAAGUGGUAUAGCAUUCGCAGCAUGCCUGGGCAGUGCACUUACAGAAGCUCUCACGACGAAAAGUUGGCACCUUUAUCUCGCGUAUGGUAUUGGAUUUUUUGGUGGUGCUAUGGAACCUGUUAUGCGAUCUAUAAUAUCAAAGUCUGUACCUGCAAAAGACAUUGGUAAAGUGUUAUCCCUCACCAAUUCACUCCAAACAUUAAGUCCGUUGGCCGGAGCUCCACUCUACACAUUAAUUUAUUCCAAUUAUUUACCACCGAUUUAUCCAUCGCCCGUUUACCUCAUUUCGGCAAGUUUCUUCGCCACGUUAAUACUUGUCACAGCGUGCAUAGGAAUACUAAUCCGAAAGUCUCGUGAUACAAGCUACGUUCCUGUGGUUGGAGAAGAUAAUUAGAGUUCAUGGUGGCAGUUAAGAUUCAACCAACACUGUAGUCUCAUUCCUGUAAAACAAUAGUGAGAUUUGAUGUUGAAACAAGC